CAAGAAUCAUGCUUUUACUUGUGGGAAUGUGACAUGCCUUCUUUUUUGCUUUGCAAAGAGCACUAUGAAAUGAUGUUAAGAGCAACAGACUUGAAUGUCCAUAAGUGUAUUUCUAUGAACAUCUCCUCCUUCCAAAUGUCCGCACCGGCGCAGAGAUCACUCCCAUGAGAUGAGACCCUCCGCGUCACUGCACCGACACACCGCCUUCUGCGGCCUCCCCUCCCCCUCGCUUUCCUCCAGGAUAAGCCCAGGCAUUGUCUUCGUUCAUCCUCCGGCCUCCCUCCCCGAUCGCAGGGCCUUCUUCUCCCGAUCGCUCGCCGGAGCCGAUCCCAGCCCCCAAAACCACCCACACAGGGGGAAGAAAACAGAGCCAGGAGCUCAAAAAGGGGAGAGAUCCGGCGGAGUGGGAGGCACCGAGGAAGUGAACUGUGAAGUCGACGUCGUCUCUUGGCGGGAGAGGCGUGUUAGGGCGUGGAUCCUCGUCAAUGCAGACGUCGAGUCUGUGUGGAGCGUCCUCACGGAUUACGAGCGGCUCGCUGAUUUCAUCCCUAAUCUCAUCUAUAGUGAGAGAAUCCCUUGUCCGCAUAAGGGGCGAAUAUGGUUGGAGCAGAGAGGGUUGCAGCGUGCGCUAUACUGGAACAUCGAGGCUCGCGUGGUCUUGGACCUUCAGGAAUUUCCGAACUCUGCUAAUGGGAGUGAGCUUCACUUCUCAAUGGUUGAUGGAGAUUUUGAUAAGUUUGAAGGGAAAUGGAAUGUGAAAGCAGGCCCAAGGUCUUCAAUGGCAACUUUAUCAUAUGAAGUGACUGUUGUGCCUAGAUUUAACUUCCCAACAAUUUUUCUUGAGAGAAUUAUCAGAUCUGAUCUUCCAGUAAAUCUAAGAGCAAUUGCUUGGAGAGCUGAGAGAAUAUUUGAAGAAAUUCAAAAGGAAAUUAUGUCUAUAAAUGGAAUGGGUACAACUUUAAGAGCCUUAUAUUUAUCAUCCUUGGGUAGGUUUGGUUCUACAUCCAGUACUGAGACACUUUCCAAUACCUUAAAGGAAGAUCCCGUGGAGCCUUUAGGUUUUGUUCUUUCUUCACCAUCAACUGAGAGGAGUGCAAAAUGGGGUGUUUAUGGAAAUGCAUGCAGACUUGAUAGGCGUUGCAUGGUCGAUGAAAUUCAUCUUCGUAGGAUUGAUGGCCUGUUGGAAAAUGGAGGGACUCAUCGGUGUGUUAUGGCUAGUGUUACAAUCAAGGCACCAGUUCGAGAAGUUUGGAAUGUCUUAACUGCAUAUGAGACACUACCUGAGAUUGUUCCAAAUUUAGCAAUUAGCAAAAUUCUCUAUAGGGAAAAGAACAAGGUUCGCAUUCUACAGGAGGGCUGCAAAGGCCUGUUGUAUAUGGUGUUUCAUGCACGCGUGGUGUUAGAUUUGUGUGAAGACUUUGAGCACAGAAUCAAAUUUGAGCAAGUUGAAGGGGACUUUGACUCCUUUCAGGGGAAUUGGAUUCUGGAGCAGCUGGGAGAUCAGCACACUUUGUUAAAGUAUAUUGUAGAAUCAAGAAUGCACAAAGAUAGCUUCCUCUCAGAAGCUAUCUUGGAAGAGGUUAUUUAUGAAGAUCUACCAUCAAAUUUAUGUUCGAUCCGUGAUUUUAUUGAAAACAAAGUAUCUGUGAAUAGUGACCAAGAGAAUCAUUCCAACGACCAUAUCAGUCCUGAUGGUAGUUCUUUAAAUGACACUAAGGAUGAAUUGGAUCAGCCUGCCCUUGAUGGUAACUCUUUGCAUAGUCUUCGGCAAAGACCAAAAGUUCCCGGUUUACAAAGAGAUAUUGAAGUUCUUAAAACGGAGCUCACAUCAUUUAUUUCAAAAUACGGCCAAGAUGGGUUUAUGCCAAUGAGAAAGCAGCUUCGCUUGCACGGAAGAGUGGAUAUCGAGAAGGCAAUAACUCGCAUGGGUGGAUUUAGGAGGAUUGCAAACUUGAUGAACUUGUCCCUUGCCUACAAACAUCGAAAGCCCAGAGGUUACUGGGAUAACCUAGAAAAUCUACAGGAGGAGAUUAGUCAGUUUCAGAAAAACUGGGGAAUGGAUCCUGCAUACAUGCCCACUAGGAAGUCUUUGGAACGUGCAGGACGCUAUGACAUAGCUCGAGCUCUGGAAAAAUGGGGAGGGCUUCAGGAGGUGUCCCGCCUCCUAUCGCUUGAACUGAGAUACCCUAGGAAAAGAUCAGCCAUCCAACAAGAUGAGCAGAGCGAUGUUGCAGCAACAAAGAGGCCAAGCAAGCCAAUGAUUGCUCAAGACACACAGAAAUGGGUUUUGAAACUGAAGGACCUGGACAUUAACUGGGUGGAGUAGCACUAUCAGACGUGCUGUUGCCUUCAGCAUCUCGCAGAUUCCACACGAUACAUUUGUACAUUGUCCUGUACAGUAGAGAAAUUGUAUUUCUUGGGUUUACAACAUAAACAGAGUCACUUUGUUCCUCUUGUUGAGAAGGCAAAAGUAAAAGUGGAAUUUUCAAA